CCCCUUCCGUCCGCUGCAUUCAGUUGUCAGAAAAAAAGGGAGGAGCCCGUGUUCUGUCUGUCUCCUCGCCCUCCUCUCGCUCUCCGACGACUCGUGGGCCGCCGUCGCCACCGCCGCCGCCGCCCUAAGCCAGGUGCUGAGGCUUUCGUUGGUCUCUUCGCCGGCAACGAGCACCCACCAGUGUAGGAUGAAUUCUAAGCGUAGGAGGAGUCAUAGCCCAGUUGAAUACAAGGAAGGUUGUGACAAAGAUAAUGAUACUUCUGGAAGGAAGGAUAACUCAAGAGAUCUAGAUGACACAUGUGAUGCUAGAAGAGGUCAUGAAUCGGGUAGGCACUCUGAUAAGCAUUCCUAUGGAACAUCACGUGAAUCCAAGAGGCAUGAUGACUAUAGGAGGUACCAUGAUAAGUACGUUGAUGAUUAUGGUAGGAACCAUCCAAGAGCCUCUCGGUCAGACCGGGAAUCAAGGGCUGAUACUUAUUAUGAUCGCUCAAAACAUGAUAGCACAUCUGGUAGAUCACGUGGUGACCAUCGAGAUGUUGGCAGAUACGGAGAAAAAUCUGUCAAUCGAGAUCAAAGGAGUAUAAUUGAAGGAAAGCAGGAGUCUGGCUAUCAAAAGAAUGAUGGUGGAGAAUACAAUAAAUAUACAGAUGCAAGAAAGCAAGAGUACAGAGGUUAUGGAGAUGAUAGAGAUCAUCACAGGGUUGUUCGUAAGAACAAGGAAACCAUCAAAGAGGAGGAGGUCCUGAAGAGGAGAAAUGGAAAGGAAACUGAGAAAGAAGCUUUGGUGGAAACUAGGGAGAAGAAAAGAAGUUUAUUCAGCUCUUCUGGGCCAAAUGUUGAUAAUCCAGGGGAUGCCAAACCAUCCUCAGCCACAAAUGAAGCCUUGGAUAACUCUGCAGGAACCGUAGAUGGUGUGAAUGCAGCUAAAGUUGCAGCUAUGAAAGCUGCUGAAUUAGUGAAUAGGAACAUUGCAGCAUUUGGUCCUGGAACUGGACGCCUAUCCACUGAUCAGAAGAAAAAGCUUCUUUGGGGUAACAAAAAGAGUAAUCCUUCGGAAGAGACAAGUAAACGUUGGGAGUUGUUCUCUGAUCGGGAGCGCCAAGAGAAAUUUAACAAACUCAUGGGUGUGAAGAGCAGUGCCCCAGUUCAGGAAAGCAUGGUCGAGAACAAGGCCGGGAGCUCGGCGGACGAAGCCAAGAAACUGGAGGAGCUCGACACCAACCUGGAGAAGCAUUACAUAGCAGGCCUCCGCAGGAGAGAUGGCAGGACGGUCGGCCUUGGCCUCUAGAAACUUUGCUUGCAGAUGCUGCGGCAUUGAAAAAUUCAGAGAGCUUGCUCUGUACAAUCUACAGUGUCUUGUUUAUUUCUGCACUUAUAAAUUUUCCUGGCUGGUUUACGUUAAUUGUGUUGCCGGGUUAUCUUGAAGCCCUAGAACAUCUCUGUCUGAUUGCACUUAUAAAUUUACAUUCUUGUCAUCAUUCUGGAGUAAUUAGCAGGUUAUUCUC